AUGUUGCCACAAAUAACCUUGGAGUCGCCUCUUGCGCAGGCAGUCGCAAACGCUAUUCAGCCCAAGCUGGUGGAGAUGGGUUGGAGCGAUGGCUCGGAAUCCCCGCUGAUCGAGUAUAUCGUUCUCAUGUUGGUGAAUGGAAAGACGCAGGAACAGAUCGCCACGGAGCUGUCAAACGAUUUCCUUGGCCUGGAUGAAGGAGACACUGCGGCCCUCGAGUUUUCCCACUGGUUGUUUGGCCAAGUCGAGCAACUCAACCAACAGAUCAAUGGAGCCCCAAACAAUGCUGCCAUGGGACAGCCUAUCCCAUCCUCUGGAGGAUUCGACCCUUCGGGCCAACCCAUUGCCCAAACAUCAGGAGAAGCAUAUGGCCAGGACGCCGAAAUGGGCGAUGCAGCAAACGACUCUGUCCCCACCGGCCCGAAAGCCAUGCGCAACAACACACGAGGCGGAAAGGGCAGGAUCUUAAACCAAAUCAAUCGCAACCUGGAUCGAGGCUCAGACGCUGCUCUACAUCGCGUGCGCAACACUGGAAAUGGUCGCAUCAGUCAUAACAACCGGGGCCAAAGAGGAGGGUUCAACCAACAUGGCCGCGGCGGCCGAAUGGCCAUGCAAGGAAGCAUGCAAAUGAGCCCCGAAAACCAGAUGCAGCUGAUGACCAUGCUUGAAGAGCAAGCACGCAUGAUGUCUCAGCUUAUGCCUGGCUUUGUUCCUCCCGCUGUCAACCCCGCGUUCCAAAAUGGCCAAAAUGGCCAAAAUGGACAGAACGGCCAAGGUCGUUCCCUCUUUGACCGCGUUGAGCGCAACGGCCAGCGUGGAGGAAAGCGAGGUUACAAUAAGCCCCGAGGCGUGGAUUCCGGAGAUGUCGACAUGGAAGGCCAGCAGGAUCAAAGCACCCCGGAAGGUGUUUGCCGCUUCAACACGCGAUGCACGCGUGCAGAUUGUCAACUCGCCCAUCAGUCACCCGCUGCCCCCGAAGGCAUCUCGAUCGAACCGUCUGACACUUGCUCCUAUGGAGCAGCCUGCAAGAACAAGAAGUGCACUGGCCGCCAUCCUUCACCUGCAGUGCGAUCCGCCCACCAGGCCGAGGCCAUGUGCCGAUUCUUCCCCAAUUGCACCAACCCUCACUGUCACUUUAAGCAUCCCAGCAUGCCUGUCUGCCGCAAUGGAUCUGACUGCACCGCCGAGGGCUGCAAGUUCACACAUAUUGAAAUCGCCUGCAAGUUUAACCCUUGCUUGAAUCCAUCCUGUCAUUACAAGCACGUCGAAGGCCAGCGUGGCUCUCACUCCGACAAGGUGUGGACCCCAAAAUCUGGAGCGCACGUCAGUGAGCGAAAGUUCAUUGCAGAUGCCGAUGGACCGGAGGAGUUGAUCAAGCCCGAGACUGCCCCCGAGGAGAAUACCCAAGGUCAGGAGAUGACCGCGUGA